AUGCCGGGGGGUGCGGGAGACACACGGGCAUCGCCUGUUCAGAAGAAAAUUGUGGUCCGGCGCGGGGCAGGCACGGCGAGGAAAACUUUGCAAGCGUUCCCCCCAUCGUUAGCGGCUACCAGCGGCAGUGGUGGCGGUGGUGGCGUUGACAGGUUGGAUGAUGUAAACAGCGGUGUGAAUGCUAGCACGGGUAGGCAGAGAAAUGCAGACCCGCCGUCACCGACAUCAUCGCCAACGCAGCAACGCCCAAGACUGGAUCGUAUGGUUUUUAGCUCCGUUCAAUUUUCCGCGCCGGCAUUUGUCAAUAGUAUCACCAACCGUGUGCUUCUCCCCAUCCUUCUUUCCCGGAGGAAAGACGCAUCGCCAGCCGCAAAAUCAACGACAGCAACAACAGGUGCUGCUGCAGGGGGAGCAGGAAGGCCGUGGCAACAAUUCACAGAGAGUGGUGACAGUGACGGUCUGCAGAACAGUGUUCUCGACGGCACACGGUUGUUUCAUGAGGAUGCAGCAGCCGUGGCCGCUGAAGAGGACCACGUGGCCAUUGCCAGCCACCUGACCACAACUUUAGAAAGCGCCCUUGCCGAGAUCGAGAUGGUGCAGGAGGAGGAGGAACGCUCCUUACAGAGCAAAGAGGUUCGAUGUCGGCGUGUUGAAAUACGUGAGAAGCGGCAGCUGGCAACAAUUCGUCUGGGAUUAGAAGCCACCACGGCGAGAUUGCAUGAAUACGAGAACCGAGUAUGCAACGCAUUGGCAGCGACAGCGGGGAUUGAGCAGCACUUGUCGCAGUCCAACGCAAGGAUGAUGCGUGGUCGCUCCGUCUCACAGCUUCUGAAGCAUUUCAAGAUGUUCACACAAAUGAAUCAUUCAGAGUUGAAUGCCCUGCUGAAAAACUUGUCAAAGGCACGUGCAGAACAACGGGGAAACGUGACUUCGCAGUGGGAGGUGGGGCUUGUGUCACCGGCGGAUCCCAUGUACUUUGGAGGAAGUAGCGGAGGUGCAGGAGGUGGUGUUGGUGGAGGGACGGGAGGUGGAGACAGUGGUGGCGGAGGGGAGGAUGGGGCCGCAGCAAGAAGUGAGGAGGGUGAAAGUGGCGGCCAGGAGGAUGUGGAUGACAGGAAUAAUCCCAACCGGAAGGAUGGCGCUGAACUCCACCCUGGCACCGGGGAUGCACCGAAUGGUGGCGGCAGAAAUGACGGCAGCUACAGCGGCAGCAGCUGGGCGGAUGCCGAUAGGCCGCGGGGAAUACUUAAACAAGGCGGCCCACGGCAACUGAGGCGUCGUGUUGGGACCAUGGCUCAAGAUAGCGUCGAGGCCUCAGUAUGGACGGCAACAACAACAACAACAGCAACAAAAAGCGGUGGUGGCGGUGGUGUUGGUAGUAGGGAAAGGAUGCAUCGUAUUGAAACAGCUGCUGUGGCGGCUGGCCUCGAUCGGAUCUUUGUUAUGCGCAGCUGCACGGAGGCACAGGUGGAGUGGUGUCAGCGGCUGACACAUCUUUGCCGCGAGUUGAACAGCGUAGUCAGGAACACCUCCAACAUUCAACUGUACGUUGAGUGGGUGCGGCAGGAGCUGAUGGCCGAUAUAUUCCACCUUGUUGAUUGCUUCAAUGAACUAUACAAGGAGCACCCGGCCACUGCAGUGCACCAGCCGUACGGCCGUGCCAUCCUCAAGACGCUGGAACUUGUCUCACGGCUUUACACCAGCAUCACGGACUCACACGACGCGCUGCUCUUUGCCUUUUACUCACGUACUAUCAAUCGGAUGGGCAUAACUCUUUUUAGCGAAUAUUCGCCAAAACCACUCCCUCCGCAACCACCACUCAGUGGCGAGACAACGACAUCUGCACCGCUCUCCGCCAUGCAGCACUACCGCCGCACAACGGAGCCGGACUUGCAACGCACUUUUGACUUUCUCAUUUCUCGCGCUCGUCGUGACGUCAUUGUCGUGGAGACAAUUUUUGGCACGACAAACACUGCACGACAGCAGUUGCUUGCACAGGUGACGGAGGGGGUGGUGAAGCCGUUUGUUACCCAGCAGCUGAAGCUCGUGGAAUUCUUUGAGCGAGACAUGGUGGAGGCGGAGUCACGUCUUUCCCCACGGUCUAAACGGCGGGCGUCAGCGCGUGUUGCAGACGCCAUGACUUACUCGCACACCAUGCAGGCCAGAGUGUUCAGCUUUUUUCAAGAUUACGUUAAAGAGCUGCGCAACACCUUUGAAAAGGGGGAGGUGGACUUUCUCAAUAAAUAUGUCGACUCCAUCUUUACAGGCCGUGCUGCCUUUGUGGAGCAGAAGGCAGAACUUGCGCUGCUGAAGCGUUACCACACGAUGUUAGAGGAACAGUACACCCGAGACCUGCAUUCCCUUCCAGAUGAGGUGUUUGACCUGCGGGAGGCGCACAUGAAGAAGACAAAGGAGCUUGUUGAGUGCCUCACGGAGGUGGUGGCACGAACACGCAUUUAUGCACCACCAAAAGACGUCACGGUGUGUGUUCUUGACCUCAUUAGGGAGUCGCUGGAGAACAUGGGCAAUUAUAUGGAUGAAGAGGUACGCAAAAUGGUGGAAUCGUUACGCGCCGAUCGUGAGCACUGGCGUAUGAAGCCUGAAAGCGAGGAGGAGUUACUGCGGCCCACCAAAUUAGAGUCUCAACAGUGUGGUUUACGCAUGUUGCUUUUUGUGCAGUCCUCGCUGAUGAUUUUGAAUGAUGCUAUCACAUCGAGUUGCAUGCCUCUCCUGCAAAGUGACCCUCGUCUGGAGUCCGCGAUAGAGGAGGCAAAGGAAUCGGCAUAUGAGGCCUUGGAUGAGCGUGCUGAGACGUUGUUGAAUCUGUGCGCCAACGCCAUCAUUGUUCGCUCCUUAUCCAUCCUGGUCCACUAUCAGAACCGCAAUGACUACAAGCCGAAGGUGGCAAAGGGGGCGGAAGGGGAAAUGCUUGCGCAGCCGUGUACGCGUGCCUGUACCCUUUUCUGCCUUUACAUUACAAGGCAGUUUGAUGAGGCAAAGGAGUUUAUUCGACUUUCCAACGGUCAAGUGCCUCAGCGACAACAUGCCUUUGGGAUGGCUACGGGCGCAAAGCUGGAUUCCUCUUCGGUGGCAAGUCUAUAUACGACAGGUUCAAAACAGCGGAGUGGCUCAACAGCUGGUAACGUCUCCAAUGACGUGUUCAAUGCCGUGCGGGCACGAGCCCGAACGAUGAACAUGCAACAACUAUUGUACGGUGAUGGAGGACCUUCUUCCUUUGUGCGUACGGUUGGUGUGUGCCUUUAUCGGGGCAUUGUGACGCACCUGAAGGCAUUUACUGUCACCGAUCGGGGAGCAUUAAUUUAUAAACAGGAUGUUACCGCGUACAUGGAGGCGAUGGGUCCGGUUAUUCGCACACCAGGGCUCGGUGGAGCUGUGGUUGAAGUGCUGUUUCGCCUGCUAAAGGAAACAGCGAGUCUGCUGCUGAUGCCAUGGGGCCACAUUAAAAGCAUAAGAGAGACGGGACUGCUACGACUCAUGAGCAACGAGGAGAAGGUGCAGUUCAUCCGAAUGCGUGAGGACUUGCAAGAGGGUUUUCGAAAAAUUGACCACUGA